UGCGUUGCUGCUGCUCUCACGGCGGGCGGCGGCGGCGUCUGAGGGAGGCGGGUGCCAUGGCGGCAGAGGCCCUGGAGGCGGAGGCCCGGGCCGUGGAGGCCUUGACUCUGCGCCUGGAGCGACAGGAGGAGGACCUCCGCUGGCUGUGGGGGGAGGUCCGGCGCAUCAGGACCGCGCCGCUGAGCGCGCCCGAGCGCUGCGUGACCGGCAGGCCGAACCUGUCGCGGGAGGUGGCGCAGCUGCGGGCCGAGAACUACCAGCUGCGCCAGCAGGCGUACUGCCUGCGGCUGGGCCUCGCCGAGGUGCAGAGGCGCCAGGACGAGCAGAGGGCAGCGCUGACGGCCGGAGCCGGCGUGCAGCCUCCCAGUCAGAGCCAAGGAAAAGACAGUGACGGGAAGGACACGAGGGGCAGUGGACCUGACCGUCAGGUGAUCCCUCAGCCGCGCUACAUGCAGGAACGCCUGAAGCUCUUCACGCGGCUGAAGGAGGACACCCCGGGGGAGCAGGAGGAGGGCCGUGGGAUCACCGUGAGAGUGGCUGGUGGGAGCACGGUGCUGGGGCACGUCGGGCAAACAACGCCCUAUGAGGUGGCUGCCGGAAUGAGCCCGGAGCUGGCAGAGAGCGCAGUGGUGGCCAAGGUGAACGGGGAGCUGUGGGACCUGGAGCGCCCCCUGCUGGGGGACUGCUCCCUGGAGCUGCUCACCUUCGACAGCGAGGAGGCGCGGGCGGUAUACUGGCACUCCAGUGCUCAUGUGCUCGGAGAGGCCAUGGAGCUGUACUACGGAGGCCACCUGUGCUACGGGCCCCCCGUCGAAGACGGAUUUUACUACGAUAUGUUCAUUGAAGACAGAGCGGUGUCCAGCUCGGAUCUGCCGGCCCUGGAGGACAUGUGUAAAGACAUCAUCAAAGAGAGGCAGCCUUUUGAAAGACUGGAAGUCAGCAAGGAUGUGCUCCUGGACAUGUUUAAGUACAAUAAAUUUAAAUGCCGCAUUCUAAAUGAGAAGGUUGACACUCCGACCACCACGGUUUACAGGUGCGGGUCACUUAUUGACCUUUGUAAAGGGCCCCAUGUGAGACACACUGGGAAGAUUAAAGCCAUAAAACUUUUCAAGAAUUCUUCAACGUACUGGGAGGGCAACCCAGCGAUGGAAACUCUGCAGAGGAUCUAUGGGAUCUCCUUCCCUGACAGCAAGAUGCUACGAACGUGGGAGCAGUUGCAGGAGGAAGCCAGGAGCCGAGACCACAGGAAAAUUGGGAAGGAGCAGGAGCUCUUCUUCUUCCACGAGCUCAGCCCUGGGAGCUGUUUCUUCCUUCCCAGAGGGGCCUUCAUCUACAACACGCUCAUGGACUUCCUGCGUGAGGAGUACCACAAACGGGACUUCACCGAAGUGCUCUCCCCGAACAUGUACAACAGCCGACUCUGGGAGACCUCGGGCCACUGGCAGUAUUACCAUGAGAACAUGUUCACCUUCGAGGUCGAGAAGGACACCUUUUCCCUGAAGCCCAUGAACUGCCCAGGACACUGUCUGAUGUUUGCCCACCGCCCACGGUCCUGGAGAGAGAUGCCUCUUAGGUUUGCUGAUUUUGGAGUUCUUCACAGAAAUGAGCUGUCGGGGACCCUGAGUGGGCUGACCCGCGUGAGGCGUUUCCAGCAGGACGACGCACACAUCUUCUGCACGCUGGAACAGAUUGAAGGAGAAAUCAAGGGGUGCUUGCAGUUUUUGCAGUGUGUUUACUCAACAUUCGGCUUCACCUUCCAAUUGAAUCUGUCCACACGGCCUGACAGCUUCCUGGGAGAGGCCACAGUGUGGGCCGAAGCGGAGAAGCAACUGCAGAAUAGCUUGAUGGAAUUUGGAAAACCAUGGAAAGUAAACCCAGGGGAUGGAGCAUUUUAUGGCCCCAAAAUUGAUAUAAAAAUCAAGGAUGCGAUUGGCAGAUACCAUCAGUGUGCGACCAUCCAGCUGGAUUUUCAACUGCCAAUCAGAUUUAAUCUUACAUAUGUUAGUAAGGACGGGGAUGACAAGAAGAGACCUGUCAUCAUUCACCGGGCCAUCCUGGGCUCCGUGGAAAGAACGGUUGCCAUCCUCUGCGAAAACUACGGCGGGAAAUGGCCUUUCUGGCUGUCUCCCCGUCAGGUCAUGGUCGUCCCUGUGGGGCCCACUUGUGAGAACUAUGCACUUCAGGUGCGUAAGGAGUUUUUUGAAGAAGGGUUCAUGGCCGACGUUGAUUUAGAUCACAGUUGCACACUGAGCAAGAAAAUACGAAAUGCACAGCUGGCUCAGUAUAACUUUAUUUUAGUGGUUGGAGAAAAGGAAAAAGCAAAUAAUGCUGUCAACAUUCGAACAAGAGACAAUAAAAUUCAUGGAGAGACUUCAGUCAGCUCUGCCAUUGAAAGACUGAAGAACCUUCAGAAAUCCCGUGUCCUGAAUGCCGAGGAGGAGUUCUGAAGGGUGCUGCUGGCGCUUGCUUCGCAUAGGCUCGGCUCGACCUGAGAUGUGUCUUGCUAACUGGUUAGCACGUUAGUAGCCUGCCCUUGACCUCUGCUCCGGCUGCUGGGGUGGGUGAGAGGAGAGAGCAGCCGAUGUCAGCCUGUCACUCACCGGCCCGUCUGGAUGACAGUCCGAGGGCAGACUGGGGCAGUGUUCCGGCAACUGAUGUUGUCAAAGGCUUAAGUGCAGGCACAUUCUUCACAGAAAGAAACAGAACUAGCAAAUCAGGAUAAUGUUGCCAAGUUUUGUGAUUUUGAAAAUAGACUAAAUAAAGUCUGUAAAAGUUGUUUUG